AUCAACCACAGACCACGGCAGGUUGGCAGCCAUCAUGGCCGUAUUAGGAUCCGCGCUGCAUUGUCAGCCCAAAACAAGCAGCCAUGGCGCUGCAAGACCCUGCUGCCAAGGACUUUCUCACCUUCCAGGCUGGCAGGCUCCCAAGGCUCCCGGAAUCAUCGAGGCUACUAUUGUAGUGCUCUUUCCCAUAUCAGUCUUGGAAGCCUGCCUUCUCUUCUCAAUUCUCCCUUUCUGCGGAUCUCGAAAACUCCGUCAGAUUCUCUCUGCCUACCUUAUGUAGCCCAAUAUGGCCCUCAACGGUGCUGUUUCGAAUGUUGACAGAGUUUACGUGUCCGUCCUGGUCUACGAGCGUCUCCAUGGCCUCCUCAACCCCGAGAGCAGCACUUUAGCCUCCAUUUUGAUGAUGGAGCUUAAGGUUGUGGGCAAAGAUAUUUGCAAGGUCGAAUUUCUCAUGCAGUUCAAAGCAUUGCGCGAAGACCAACCAGAUCCCAAUAUUCUCGACAUGAUGCCCCCGUCAUCAUGGGAUUUUAGACCGCCCAAACAAAAGCUUAACGACGCCAGCAUGAGCGAGGCGUACGAAAUAACGUCAGCCAUCGCGUUCUCGCCCCGACAGCGUACCAAACACAGGGGCCCGGACACCGUUUCUUGGACGACAAACGGGGAUGCGGUCUUUCCUCUUGUGAAACCUGCGGUCCUCAUAAGUCGACACACCAAGGAACCGUUCCUCGUCGAGUGCCGGAUAAGAGUCGAACGUGACCGCUCUGGAUCAUCAUCACAAGAUCGGCGGAAGCCUGAAUUGAGAAUACUGAGCUUCAGAGUCGAGCCUCCGCCAGACACCCCGGCGGUUGCAGGUGCGCUGGCGCCAUAUCCGAACAACUUAGAAUACAUUAUGCAAGAUCUGAAAAAGGCCGGCCCAGUGUCAGCGAGUGCUCUAGUUAAGCUGGACAACGAGGGUCUGCGGUGCCUGGCGAUGCUCUCCAUCCCUGAGCAACAACUGUUCAACGUGUCCCAGCUGCUGAAAGGGGAGCUCCUUGAGUCCGUGCAAUGGCUGCUAAAAGACACUGUCUACAACGACUGGCUCUCAGGACGUGGUGGGCAGCCCGAGUCCCAACUCUUGUGGAUCCAUGGGCGUCGCGGCCAAGGAAAAUCCACCCUCGCUGCCUUUGUUACGCAGUCUCUACAGCAGGAACCCCAUGGACCCGCGCAGCAACCGGCAAUCUUUGUCGCUUACUACUUCCACGAGCAGAAAGUUAGCCGGUGGCCGGAGAUGGCCGAAGUGCUUAGAACCCUAAUCCAUCGUCUCAUCCUGCAGUUGCCAGAUCUGAUAGGCCAUCUACUCGAUGUCUUUAAAGAACCAGACGUGGGAAGCGGGUUGUUUUCCAACCCGGACAAGCUCUGGAAGGUCAUUCAAGCUAUCAUUAGCGAUCAUCGGGUUCAAGUCGCUUACUUCAUCGUCGAUACUUCCGGGAACUGUGAUGAGCUGCUUAUAGACCUCCAACGAAAUCUAGAGUCAUUGCCCGUAAGCCCCAAGGCAAAAUGGCUAUUGUUCAGCCGUGAUAGCCCAGUUGCCGAGGCGGCAUUUUCAACCGCAUUCAAGAUCGACUUGAAUGCCAAAGGUUUCGACUAUGCCAACAAGCGGGACGCUGGGGCUACAGGCCCUAACAAGCUUUCCGAGGUCUUGCAAUAUUCGAUAUACGAGCCAGCACUCUCGAAAAUGUUUCAGACCGCUGAGGACGACAUCAAAAAGGCGCUGAAGAGUAUCCUCGCAGUGAUGGCCGUUGCCUGUGGCCCAGUAUCUUUCCAUGUCCUGGAGAUACUAUCAGACUCCGUGAAGAAGGUGGCCAAUGACCGGAUAACAAAAUCUACCUCAUCAACGACUCAUUGAAGACUCUCUUGGCGUCCGAUGAUGCUAGGAAAAGCCUCGGUUACGGUUCCCUACAGAUCCAGCACAGGAAAGUCUCCGAACGCUGUCUCAACUACAUUGCUGAAGCCGUCGCCAAUACUGAAGUCGAUAUUCUCGAGUACCCAGUGCUCUACUGGAUGGAGCACGGGCGGCAGUCCUCACAGACCGAGGGGGACCUCAUUGACUUGAUCAAGAAAUAU